AUGUGCAUGGUGAUGUCCAGAGUGUAUAAACAAGGAAACACUAAUACACCUAUUUGCCAAGCUGCUAAUCCGGUAACUUCACCCGGGUCUGACUAUACAUCUACAGUAAAGAACGACUCGCCAUCCUGUUCGAACAUCACUUUUAGAGCAAGCCAGCAGCCGUUGCGUCAUGAAGCGAAACUCACUCUUGACAAUAUUAGGGAUGUAAUUAAGCAGGAAAUGAUGUCCAUAGUUAAGCUUAAAGUCACGGAAGAGCUGAAAGGAUGGUGGUAG